ACGCAGUCAACGGAUUUUUCUUAGUUUUAGAUUUAUUCUGAAAUGCGUUACCGGAAGUAACUGGAUGUGUCAGCGCGACAACGUCUCAGCGUUUUGUUCAUUUUGAGGAAGUCCAGUGACGAUGUCGUUGGGAAAGUGACCGAUUAGACUUAAAAAAGUUAUUCAUCGACCCUGCCUGGAGGACAACUGCCUGUCAGCGUCCCUUACAGUCCCACUGAAUCCCAGGAUGUUGCUCCAAAUGCUCCUGGGCCUUCUGUGUGCCGUCGGGGCCUCGGGCGCCGACAACGGCACGGCGCGACCAGGCCCCCCGCCCCUGCUGCUGGUCUCAUUUGACGGCUUCCGCGCGGACUACCUGAAGCGAUUCCCGAUGCCCAACCUGAAACGUCUUUACAGCCAGGGGGUCCUGGUGGAGCAGCUCACCAACGUCUUUAUCACUAAGACGUUUCCCAACCACUACAGCCUGGUGACGGGGCUGUACGCGGAGUCCCACGGCAUGCUGGCCAGCAACAUGUACGACCCGGUCACCCACAAGACCUUCCACGUGGGCGGCAACGUCUCCGACCCGAUGUGGUGGAGCGAGGCGCGCCCCCUCUGGGUAACGGCGCAGGACUCCGGCUACAAGACGGCGACAGCCAUGUGGCCCGGCUCCGACGUAGCCAUUGGCAACCGCACUGCGUCGCACUUCCUGCCCUACAACUCCCACGUGACCUUCCAACAGCGCCUGGAAAACGUGACCAAGUGGAUGCUGGGAGACGAAAAGGAGCCAGGGGCGAUGUUCGCAACGCUCUACUGGGAGGAACCGGACCGGUCGGGUCACAUAUUCGGCCCGGACAACGACACUGCCAUGAGCCAAGCGCUGAAGGAGGUGGACGCCAACGUGGGCCUGCUGAUCGCGGAGCUGACCCGCACCGGCCUCUGGGGCCGCGUCAACGUGCUGGUGACCAGCGACCACGGCAUGGCCCAGUGCUCAGCCGAGCGCCUCAUACGGCUGGACGACUGCCUCCACCCCGACAACUACACGCUGGUGGACCUGUCCGCCGUCACGGCCCUCAUCCCACGCCAAGACCGGGAGGCCGUCUUCGCCUUGCUCAAUAAGUGCCACCCCCACAUGACGGUGUAUUUGAAGUCGGCCAUCCCCGACAGGCUCCACUACCGGAACAAUGAGCGCACCCAGCCCAUCAUCCUGAUCGCCGCCGAGGGCUGGACCAUUGUGCAGAAUGGGAACAAGCUGCCUCGCCAGGGCGACCACGGCUACGACAACUCCCUGCCCAGCAUGCACCCCUUCAUGGCAGCGGCGGGGCCCAGCUUCCGCCAGGGCUAUCGGUUGGGCAACAUGCAGAGCGUGGACGUCUACCCGCUGAUGUGCCACCUGCUGUCGGUGCCGGCGCAGCUCAACAACGGCACUCUGAACCGGGCGCGGUGCCUGCUGGUCGACGAGACCUGCUGGGAGGUGCCCGUGGUGGUCGCCUUGGUGGUGGGCGUCCUGCUGGUGCUGACCGCGAUCACCGUUCUGUUCAGGUUUCUGAGGAACCGCCGCCCGUUGAGCGCGCGGCCCUUCCAGAGGCUGCAGGUCGAUGACGACGAUGACGACGAGCCCCUGCUGGAGUGAACCGAGCCGGUUACCUCCAGCCUAACCCCUGUCGCCUGCUCCUGCUCUCCAGAGGUACUCCACAUGAUGCACUUUACUGACCGAGUCCCCAGCUGCUUUUUUUUUUUGGUGGAGGUGGUGAUCAUUGAGAAAGGGAACUUUUAAAAAGAUUUAUGAGAUGUAUUCUUUAUUUCCCUGAGGAAAUUAUUCAGAGAAAAACCUUAUUUUGUAUCUGCUGAAUUGACUUUUAUUUUGUUGUACUUGUAGUGUUGCUUGUUGUCAGCAGAGGGAGCCAGUAGCUAAAUUAUGAUGUAUUUUGUGUCUCACUGAAGAAGACAGCCUGGAAGAUCAUCUGUUGUGAAAUCCUUUGAUUGUGAUCCGUGUAUGCUGUUACUGUUUUGGUUACAUUGAGUCUUAAGCCAUGAAAAAAAAAAUCCCAUUUCAGUUGUUACUUUAACGUGAAGUGGAAUAGUCUUUUCUAUGCAAAUAUUAAAGUUACAAUGAAUUCAAAGUAAUGCAAAAUAUUUAGGGGCACCAGGUUCUUCUCAGUAUUUCUUAUGCUUAAUGAUGCCUCUUUUUUUCGGUCAAAGGUUGCGCAUCAAAGCCGUAACACUCCCACUGCCUCAAAGUACUCACUAGAGCAGAAGGCUGAAAGUAGACCCUAACAAAUGCACAACUUCUUUUUUUAGUUAGCUUAUUCAGAGGAUGGUGAGUUUAUUAUGAGUGCCCUCCAAAAGAAUAGUGGUGGUCGUUUCGUGAGGUUUAUUGAAAAAUAAUAACAUUUUAAGAUAUCAGCCUGAUCUUCUGAUGCAGUGCUGCUGGCAUGCAUUGUUAUAUCUAUACGGCGUCCUUGCAUCUGUUCAUGUGCGUGAGUAUGUAUUUUUUUGAUAAUGUGAAGAGGAACCACCCCAGGGUCCAAAGGUUUUUCAUAUUUAUGGGUGUCUGGUCUUUUAUUUCUCCAUGUUGUCUGCAUCCAUGCUGUGUUUUAUCCAUAAAGUUACUGUUCCUAGACUUCUAGUUCUCAGAACUGGUAAACCAUUGGCAUGUUCCCCGGCCCGUAGAGAUUUCUGAAAAUGAAUAAAGUUUGUUGAAGAAAUG